UUCGUUUAAAGCGGAAGAUGGAGGCGCGGGCGAGGGACGGAGCGCCUCACGAAGUUGAUGGAGAGCCUCUGGCUUCUCUUGGCAGGAGGCAGCUGUUGGACGAGUUUCACGCUCUUUACCAGGAGCGCCUGCACUGCUUGGAGGUCCUGGAGGAGAAUCAGGAGGAAGUCCUCCAGGCAAAAGUGAAGCUCUUGCAGGCUUAUGUCCUAGAUCUGACUGACCAGAAUGACAUCUUGAUCCAGGCGGUGGAGGAACUGGAAAGCCGAACAAUUGAGCCGGUGAAAAUGGCGGCUGUGGAGUCUGAUUAUCAGCGCCCGUCCCUGGCUCUGCGCCCGAUGCCAGCUGAAUGCCUUCCAGGAUCCACAGCAACUCCGACCGUGUCUUUCCCGCCAGGACAGCCAAGGGAGCAAGAGGGACUGAGGUCUGUGCUGACCCUGAAGGAGCAACGAACCUUGGAGCCUGGCCUUCAUCAGCCGGACGCCGCUUGGCAGCAGGAGAGGGCCGGAAAAGAGCUGCUGGAGAAGGAUGCUAACGCUCAAGAGCUGCAAGAGACCAUCACAGACCUUCACAACAAAAUCUCCCGGAACGAUGUGGGGAUGGCAGGCCAGCUGCAGCCGAAGAGCCUCCUGGAGACUCGGCUGCAUUCUCUCCAGCAGGAAACGAACAUCAGCGGUGCAACGAUGGCCAGACUCUGUGGUCUCCCGCUCCCCUCCUGUCGAUCGUGUCAGCCACAGAAACUAGAGCUGGAUGCUUGGGAGUGGAAGAUCCGUGAGCUGCAGAACCAGAAAAGGGAGGAACGGGAGCAGAAGCGCCGCCGAAUCCUGGACCUGGAGGAAUCCCAUCAGCAGGCGGAAGGAGCCAUGGUUGAGCUGGUGGUAGCCCCGACGGAGACGGCGGCCCUGAGGAGCAAAUACAGACUGGCUCUUUCAGAGGUUGUGGAGCAGAGGGAGGCUCUGCACGGGCUCUGGGAGCGAGACAGCCACGGGCAGCAGCCGAGGGCCGAGCAAGCAGGGCUCGUCCGGCAGUCAGAAGGCCAAGCCCAAGAGCCCCUGGAGCGCCUGCAGAGCGCGCAAGAGCAAGUGGGCGUCCAGGAUGAGGCCACUGCAGAGCCCCGAGGAGGCUUGAAAGCUGCGGCGGAAGCCCAGGCACAAGGGAAGGAUGAGGUGACGUUUGGGGGACCGACAGCCUCCUUGACCAGGUCCUAUAAAGAGGCACUUUCAGGGAAGGCAGCAGAAGGGAACGGCCUCCGGGCCCAGCGCCAUCCCCGGCAGGCUGAACUGAAGGCCCUGCAGACGUCUCGCCGGGAGCAGGAGGCAAGCAUGGUAGAGCAGACGCGCGUCCCCCGCCAGCUCCAGCUGGAGAAGGAGGCCUCUCUCAGGCAGAGUCUGAGCCCUGGUGCCCUGCUGGAGCCGCUGCCGGGCGAGGGGGGGUCCGGCCGGCUGGCCCGCCAGGCCGAAAGGCUUUUCUACUACCAGGAGGUGACCCAGAAGCAGGAGGUGGCGCUCUCUUGCCAGCGCGAGCGGGAGCAGCACCUGCAGGAGUGCCUGGGCCAGGCCGAGAGGAAGGCCAGCCUCCUGGAGAUCAGCCUGGAUCUCUACCGGCAGAAGUACCAGGCCUCCUUGGCCCGAGGCGGGGAGCUCGAGGACCAGCUGCGCCGCCUGCAGGAGGAGCUCGCCGACCAGGCCAGGGAGAAAGAGGAGGCUGCCUUGAAGCUGCACGCGGAGCAUGUGGCGGGAGAGCUGGCCCGGGAGCUGCGGGAGGCCCAGCAGGAGCUGAGCCAGGCCCAGCGCCUCAGCGGCCGCUGCCAGGAGACCGUCCAGGAGCUGCAGAAGCAGCUAGCCUCCGGCCACCUCGAGCUCCUAGAGCGAGAGGAAGAACUGGCUGCCCUGCGCCGAGACUUCGCCGCCUACAAGGCCGCUCACAGCUGCUCCAACAGUAGCUACGAAAACCAGCUGGACUACGCAGAGGCUCUGAGGCAGAAGCUGGCGCGAGCGGAGGAGGAGAGCGCCGAGCAUCGGCGGAAGGCCGAGGAGUACCAGGAGCUGUUGCAGGACUUGAAAGCGGAGCUGGCAAGAGUGAUGGAGCAGGAGACCAGCGCCAGGAAAGGUGCAACUCAGCUGGAGCGGAGGGUGCAGACCCUGCAGGAGGAGGCAGCCGCUCAGAGGGAGAGGCAGCAACUGGCGGCCGCUGCCCUGGAGCAGCAGGCAAAGCAGCUGGGGCUGGAACUUGAGCAGAGCCGCCAGUCCUGGGCCGAGAAGGAGCAGGAGAUCCAGAAGCGGGACCAGCUCCUGCGCAGAUCCCAGGCCGAGGCGGCACACGCCCAGCGUGCCCUGCAGGAGAAGGGACAGGAGGCCGAGCGGCACCAGGCCCAGGCCCAUCGCCUGGCCGCCCGUUUGCAGGAGGUGCAGCAGGAGCUGGAGAAGAGCCGGGCAGAGAUGGCCGCUCUGCAUGUCGAGGCGGAGGCGCUGCGGGAGGACCUGCGCACGAGCCAGGAGCAGCGGCAGCAAGUGGCCCGGGAACUGGCCGAGCAGGAAGAGCAGCGGCUGCUGGCCCAGAGCCGGCUGCACUCGGCCCAGGAGCAGCUGGAAGAGCGCGUCGCCGAAGACGCUCACCGCGCGCAGGAGGGCCGCCGCCUGGAGGCUGAGGUCCAGCUUCUUCACGAGAGACUCUCUGCGGCCGAAGCAGAGCUGGAGGAGAAACGGUACCUGCCAGGGGGUUGUGAGGACCACAGGAGGAUCCCAAUGGUGUCCUCUCAGGUGCAGGGGCAGGAAUCCACGCUGGAGGCCCUGCGUGCGGAGGCGAGCCAGCAGAGGCGCCAGGAAGAGGCGUGGCAGCGGGAGCGGCAGCAGGUCCAGGAGCGGGAGAGCCGGCUGGCGCGGGAGCAGCAGGAGUUGCAGCACCAGCUGGAAAGCUGUCGGUGCAGGUUACAGGAAGAGGAGCGGAAAAGUCACAGCCUGCAGACGUCCCUGGCGGAGCGGGAAGCGGAGAACCGAGCCCUGCAGGAGCAACGGAAGCAGCACGCCCAGGAGCUGGAGGCCCUGCGGGCCAACCUGGGGCAGGCCCAGCGGCAGCUGCAGCAGCAGACAGCCCAGGUGCUGCAGCAGGAGGCAGACGCGUCCCAGCUGCGCAGCGAGCUCCGGGCAGUCCAGGAAAGAGAGCACCAGAGCCAGCAGACCCUCUCGGCCGCCGAGGCCAUCGCCCGGCGGCUCCAGGAAGAGGUGGCCUCCUGCCAGGCCAGCCAGAGGGAAGCCCUGGGGAAGCUGGAGCAGAAGACGCAGGAGACAUCCUGCCUGCAGGCCGAGCUGCGGCUCACCCAGCGCACGGUGGCCCGCCUGGAGGAAGAGCUGGCCGGGGCCCAGGAGCAGGAGCGGCAGCUGGUGGCCCUGCAGAGGGAGAGGAAGCAGGAGGCCUGUGCCACAAAGGAGAGGCUGAGCCACCUCAGUGGCCAAGCGUGGCACUGGCAGAAGGAGCACCAGGCUGCCAAGCUGGCCCUGGCAGAGAAAGAGGAGGAGCUGGUGGUGAUGAAGGUGGAGCUGGCUUCCCUCGAAGAAAAAGGCCACCGCUUGACAGAGGAGAGGGAAGAGCUGCAGAAUGAAGUCAACCUUCUCCGGCAGAAAUUCAUUGCCUCCAGCCAAGAGGUGGAAUCCCUGCAGACGUCCCUGGAGGCGGCCCGGGAUGACAGCUAUCGGCUGCAACACGAGAGCGAGUUGGUGGUUGCAAACGUCAGCCAGUGGGUGAAGGAGCAAAAGCAGGUGAACGAAAAGUUGGGCCACAAGAUUCGAGACCAGAUCAAGCAGGUUGCUCAGCUGACGGGCGAGCGGGACCACCUCCAUGGACUGGUGGAGCGACUCCAGCAAGAGAACAAACAACUGAAAAACGAAGUGGAUGAGCGGCGUACUGAGUGUGAGCGCCUCAAGGCUCUCUGCAGCAGUGACUCAGACCCUCCGUGCUCUACAGGGCAACCGCUCUGGCCUACGCUCCCGGCGGAUGAGCUUUUCCCCCAUCUUAUUUUUGACAGCACUCUGCAGUUUGCUCAGAGACGAAGCCAAAGGGGGGCUACCAAAUGGCAUCACUCUUAGCGAGUCCAGCAGGACCGGCCUUCCCUCCGUCCUCCACGAGGGAACCCGAAGCUCCAGGUACUGCCCAGAGAGCAAUGGCUGAGGGCACAGGAUGGCGUCCAGAUCCGUGUCCAGAUCCAGAAGAUAUUUUGAGACGGGACCUGCAGACCAGACUGUAAUCAUGUGACUUCUGCAAAGGAGGGGGAAACGCGUGUGCAGAUACGGAGCCAAUAAAACGGGAAGUGUGCGAUCACUCCCCAAGGAAAAGAACCCAAGCAAGGCCCGUUCCUUCUGUGGGCGUGGAGUUGGGUAAGGGGUAGAGGGGCGGGUGGUGGUGGUGGAAGUCACCUUGCAGGGGGUGCCGUCUGAGAGGGAGGGCGGCAGGCGUGAAACUCUCUCCCGUCAGAGCCUGCCCUCAACC